CGCUCCGUAUGGAUUUAUGGGAUUCCAUCCUGCUGGAAAACAUCGAAGACAGUCCCCAUAUACAAGAAAGGCGACUCGUCAGAGUAUGGGAACUUCCGGCCAAUAUCUCUUCUGCCAACCAUGUACAAGAUCUUCUCAGGAAUACUCUCCUCAAGAAUAAUGGCCACGGCAACGAAACUAGGAUGGAUGUCACCAGAGCAAAAAGGGUUUCUUCCAGGUGUCAGGGGCAUCCAGGAACACACACAUCUCCUUCACACUGUUAUCGAACAGGCGAAACAGUCAAAGAGGGAGAUGGUGAUUGCCUGGUUGGACCUCUCAAAUGCUUUUGGAUCGAUCCCUCACCCGAUUCUAAAUUGUCUGUUUCAGAGUCUACCACUGCCAGCUCAGCUCCGUCGCAUCCUCAGCGACAUCUACUUGAACAACGUUAUGGAGUUUGCUGUCGGGCAAGAGUCUGUUCAGAUUCAUCCAACGGCUGGUGUUCGACAGGGCGACCCACUAAGCAGCGUAGUGUUCAACUUGGCAGCUGAACCAAUCAUCCGGACAGCGAAAUCCCAUAACACCGGAUUCACAGCCUUUGGAGCGAGGAUCUCGACCACUGCUUAUGCGGACGACAUCGCCAUUGUAGGAUCAUCAGUCUCGGAAACGCAGAGAACUCUCAACGCCAUAGAGAACACGGCAACCUCGCUAGGCUUGAAGUUUAAUCCAGGUAAGUGCACGUCCUUAACACUUACUAAUGGAAAAUCUGUUACAGGCAAUCGACUGAAAAUUGGACAAGCCGAAAUUAGACCAUUGGCAGAAGAAGAGCAAGAGGACUACCUAGGAACACCUUUAGGCGCUCGACUUACCUUCCGUCCAACAACUUCCCUACUAGACAACUUAAUCAAAGUAGCAGAUUCCGGUUUAGCUCCCUGGCAGAAGUUAGAAGUCUACAGGAGUUGCCUUCUGCCUUCGCUGUCUCACCACCUAGCGUCUGGCAGGGUGGAAAAGGGUGCUCUCUUCGACCUUGAUGUCGCAUGCAGAGAUUUUUUACGUAGAGUUGCGAACGUCCCAAUAUCAUCUAACACGGCCUUUUUCUAUGCAGACAGAAGGGUUGGGGGACUUGGAAUGCUUCCUCUGACCGAGGAAGCCGAUAUCUGGACCAUUGCCAGGGCAAUGCAGCUCCUGGAUAGCGAAGACGAGUCCGUCAGCCAAGUGGCUAUGGCACAACUUGAAGAGACCAUCCGUCUGGGAUACGGAAGGAGAGAAGUACCAUUCCCCAUACCAAUUAAUGAAUUCUUGGCAGGGUCAAUGGACAAAGGUCUUGGUGCCAUAAGACAUGGAGGAUCAUCCAUGAACCUCUGGACGCGUUCGAGGAGGGCAGCUGGCCACUUAAAGAGGAUCAAGAUUGAUGUAUCCGGGGAACAAUACUCCAAAAUCAUCGCCGAUGACAUCUCUUGUAUCUCCCUAAAAGCAGUCAGAGGACUCAGAACCGCCCUUAGAGGAAGAUGGACAUCCAGGCUACUGUCGGAACAACAAGGAAAAGUCGCGACAGGACUUGCACUCGACAUGGCAAAGGACACGGCAGCACUCAUCUCUUGCAGAACACCCCUAACGUUUCAAGAAUGGCACUACCUCCACCAAGCCAGACUCGGAAGACUACCAGUCAGAGGGUGUCCAGGAUCUAAGUCCACAGUCAAGACAUGUCGUCUUGGUUGUGGCAAAUUGGAAACAACAGACCAUGUCGUCUGUUGUUGCCAAGUCAACUCAGCUCUGUCAAUUAAUAGACACAACUCUAUUCUAGAUCUUAUGGUGACAGAGGCGGAGGCACAUGGCCACUCCGUCUCUGUAAAUCGGGCAGUUGACUCCUCUGGAAUGCGACCGGACAUCGUAGUAACCUCGACGAAUCCUGCCAUCAUCAUUGACGUAACGGUGCCUCUAAGCAGCGCAGAAGGGUUAGAGAAGGCCAGGGAUAAGAAGAUAGAGAAGUACAAACACCUCGGCUCUGUACUUCCUCUAGUCGUUGGCUCACUCGGGUCUUGGCUACCGAGCAACGACGCAAUAUCCCUAGCCCUGAGCAUCCCUGGAAGACGGUGGAACCACCUGAAGAGGAAGAUGAAGCUCUUGGCCAUACAAGGAACUACCAGGAUAAUAGCGAAACACUUGGCAUACCAAACAGAAGAAAGCGAUCCACUACCUGAAGAAGAUGAAGAAACAGAAGACAACAGUCUUCUGCAACCUUCUCUUUAAGGGUUUUUAACGUAGCGUUGACACGUCGUCUCGCGAACUUUUUCCCCUUACAUAUACAUGUAAAAAGAACACUGUAUAUAACUUUAUUCCCAGUCCAUUAGAAAAUACAAAUCAUAAAAUCUGUU